UAGCUGUUUACCCUUAAUAUUUCCCGUUUCAAAUAAAAGACUUUCUUCGUCUCUGCCUCUCUCCAUGUGGACUUCAGUGCUAUCUCAUUCCUCAUUGCUCUGAGAAAACUCCACAGUUCGACUAUUACAGGUUGUGUUAGGAAGACAACGUGUUAAUGUGGUGGACUUGAAGAAAAGGCAUGAGAGAUUUCUUUCUUGACUUUGAAUACUUAGCUGAAGGGCUCUGCUGGUAUUUGUUGGAGGCUAUCGACUUUGCUGUUGAAGAAUUUCUUGCGUUUUGCAUGGUUUUUGCUUCUAUUGAGGAGUUAAUUGGGUUUCUCUUUUUCCAAAUCAAGGUCUCUUAGAUACUUGUCUUUUGUUCUUCUGUUUGUUGAUAAUGCUCUGAAACCCAAAAGGAAAGAAAAAUCGGAAAGUUGAAAGUAACUUGAUGUGAAAACUUUCUAAACUAGUUUUUAGCAAGAUGGGUUGGAUUCAAAAUAUUGUUCGUUACUGUUGUGUAUCUAGGGGUAAUCGAACCUUCUAUGUGUAUAGUGAGGGUGAUCAUGAGAUUGAGAACUUAGCAUCAUUGUCAUUGGAGAAGAUUCCUCCAUAUCACAAAUGGUAUUUUGAGACAAUUGAUAAAAGGAGAUUUGGGUUUUUGAUGGAAGACGAUUAUGUUUAUUUCACAAUUGUUGACGGAGGUCUAGGAAACCCAGCUGUACUUAAGUUUCUAGAGCACGUGAGGGAUGAGUUUAAGAAGGUAGCUAGACAGGGCUCAAUAGGAAGCUUUUUGGGUUUGAGCUCAGUCAAUGUACAAGAACAACUAGUGCCUGUUGUUCGCCGCCUGAUAACUUCAUUGCACCAAGUAUCUGAAAGUGAUUGGAAUGCUGAAACUUCCUCGUCUGAUAAUGUGGGGCUCUCUCCAUCACCAAGUGAUACGAAUGGGAAAAUUGAAGUUGUUACAUCAACUAAAGCCCCUCUGUUGGGAAAAUCUAGUAAGCAAGAUAAAAAGAAAUCAAAAGACCAUGUGAUUGUAAUGAGAGAUAUUGAGUUGGAGGAGCAUAGAAAAUCUGCAGAUAGAGGAGUUAAAGUUGAUUCAACUUCAUUAGAUUCUAAUAAACAAGGUGGAGUUGCAUCUCCGAUUUCAUUACAAAAGGAUUUUGGUUCAAUGAGGAUGAGGUCAAGCUCCCAAGGCAUUCGAAAGAAGUGGUGGUGCCAAAUAAGGACUGUUCUUGCAAUUGAUGCUGCUGUUUGUUUGAUACUAUUCAUAAUUUGGGUGUCAAUCUGUGGUGGUUUUGGGUGCACCCAUUAAUUGUGAAUUUGGAGCCAUAGGCUUUUCACUUGAUAGACUGCCUAUCAAAAGUAUAUAAGAAUCGGUUUAUGUCACGUAAUCAAGUUCAACCUUGCCAAAUUCUGCUGUGAGGUAUGUUCUUGAAAUUACAUUGUGGAAUCAUAUUAACAGAUUCCCUCUACAGUUUAAUAGGUUUCUUGGUAUAUACAUGAGAAUUUCAUAGUUUUAUCUAGAUCAUCGUGGAAGUGCACUGCUAUGAUGCUGCUGCUUGUGUUCAUGUUGUGUUUGUGGUUAUAGAUAUACAUUAUCAGGUGUGAUGUAUCUAAGUAGUUUAAUUCCAUCCUUUCUUUCUUUUUCAUGUAGAAAGUUAUGCAUUGAAGCAUCACAUGUGGUGAUAUUUGCCAAAAUUUUUGUCUGCCUAAUGCCUCCUGCUUUCUUGUGUUCUUUUAACCAACAAAUUUGUUGCUUGAUGAUAGAUGCCAUUUGCACAAAUAAAUCUCACUUAGUCCUUGAGAUUUCUAAAACCCACAGUUUAGUCAUUAUUUUAAUGAGAAAUAAUUUAUUUCUUAAGGCUUCAUUUUGUUAAUACAAUAGUCCUAUUAAAAUUCAGUAUUAGACUAUAAUAAUUUAAUCCUUUGAAUUCACUUUUUAUAACAGUUUAAUCCCUUUAAUUUUAAUAAUUUGUAACAAUUUAGUCCUUAUAAUUUUAAUAUUUGUAAGAAUUUAGUCCCUUUAAUUUAACUUGACUUUUUCGGUAAUAGUUGACUAACGGUAAAUUUAACAGAAUGAUUAUUUUGUUAAUAAAAUAAAAACUUAGGGACUUAAUUAUUUCUAUUAAAAAAAGCAGAGAUUAAAUCGUGAAUUUUGCUAAACCUCAAGGAUUGUAAUGUAAAUUACCCUAUUUUAUAUGUUGUAGUUUGCUUUGCACAUAAACCGUGCAUGCAACUCCAUGUUUACUACCUAACAUUAAGAUUUCAUGCCUACUAAGUUAUCUUAUUGUAGUCUUGGAGAAUUACUAUUUAGUUUUAGGGUUUCUAAUUGUCAUCAUUUCCCUCAGUUUUGUAAAUUUCAUUAGUUGGUACCAAUGUUUGAGUCCGUUAAACAGAAGGCCUUCGACCCAUAUCGUAAAAAUUUCCAUUAGUGAUUAGUGAAAAUAUAAAAUUACUAUCUGAACCCCCAACCCUACAACAAACCCCAAACUCUCUUUAUAGCAAAUUGGGUUAGAUCAAACCUUUGAAUUCUGAGCCUAAAUGCUUUUGUCCACUUCUCUCUCUCGCACACAUGUCCACCUCAUUACUAAAAACUAAGAAAUUCUCCUAUUCAUUAAUGGAUCCUCUUCCCUUUGCAUGUAAAAGACAUUUUGUACUUCAGAAGAUAAGGGCUUGAAUUUGUGGCCUCAUCUUUCUUUCCUGAUCUUUUUAACCUUGGAAUUAUUGAAGCCAAACUUGAAUCCUCAUCUUCCUCAGAAACACAAAAGCCAAAUCCAUAAAACACAUUUAGCUCUUCAAAUUUCUAAUUUUGACAAACUCUUGCUCAAAGUUCUAUUCCUUCUUCUACUUCUCGCUUUCCUUUCAGGCGAUUAUUGGACAUACACUCUUUUUUUUUUUGGUAUUGGUUUGAAAAUUCACCUUCUUCUUUUGUAUUUCUUUGCCUUAAAGGAUGGGUUGGAAAAAAAAAUUAAUUUAGUGGGUAGAAAAAGUAGGAAGAGAAACGGUUUAGAGAUUUUAGAAAUCUAAAAACUUUCAAAAACUUACUUUUUAAUCUAAAAAGUCAACCUAAGGCAUCGUUCUAAAUGUUAUUUGGAAGAAGUUGUUUUAUUAUUUAGUGUUUUUUUUAAACAGUAGUAAUACCAAACAGAUCAUAAGCUCAUUGACUGUUUCCAAAAAAAAAAAAAGAAAAAAAAGCAGAACUUGAAUGAUUGAACGUCAAUUUUUAUGGGAAAGUAAUUUGGAUAUUUAAUUGAUUAUAAUAUAGUUAUUUUUAGUAAAUAAUGUAAUUUUUUAAUAAUUAAUUAAUAAAUAAUUUUUUUAAGUAUUUGGAAAAGUUUUCAAAGAAAAUGAUUAAGAUUUGAACCCUUCGGACAAUAUGUUUAAGCAUCGAAAAUUGAAGGCAGCAAUGUGAUGUUCACUGUUACAUUCAGGGACUCGGUGAUUCGAAAGAUCUUAGGAAAACGACAGAGAAACGAGAAACAUAUGGAUGCAUGAAUGUGAAAAGUAAUGAUUCGAAAGAUCUUAGGAAAACGACAGAGAAACGAGGAACAUAUGGAUGUAUGAAUGUGAAAAGUAAUAUGAAAAGUGAGCUAUCGGCUGAUUUAUGGACAAUGGGCAAUCAGAAAUUUUUAGCUAAUGGACUUUAAUGAAUUCCCACUUUUUCUGGAGAAAUGAGUUUUUUUUUUUU